AUGGAGGCUCUUAAACAAGAGGCUGCAGACCUUAAGUCUAAAAUACAAGCUGAAAGGCAGGCUAAGAACGAUUCCACUCUAGAGGAAAUUUGUAAAGAUGUAGCCGCUAUACCCAAAGUCAACAUGCGUGUCCGACGAAAUUUAAGGGGUCAUUUAGCCAAGAUAUACGCCAUGCAUUGGUCGGCCGAUAAUCAACACAUUGUAUCUGCUUCGCAAGAUGGAAAACUGCUCGUGUGGGACGCGUAUACGGCGAACAAGGUGGAUGCUAUCCCCUUACGAUCAUCGUGGGUGAUGUCCUGUGCGUAUGCACCAUCCGGGAACUUUGUAGCCUGUGGUGGUCUAGAUAACAUCUGUUCAGUUUAUAACCUACGAUCAAAAGACGGGACAUCCCGUGUUACACGAGAAUUGGCCAGUCACAAAGGAUAUCUGUCUUGCUGUCGAUUUAUAAAUGACAAGGAAAUUGUCACGUCCUCCGGAGAUAUGACUUGCGGCUUGUGGGAUGUCGAAACCGGAAAGAUGAAAACAUCCUUCACUGGACACACCGGAGACUGCAUGUUCCUGUCGCUGAGCAAGAACGGUGACAACACAUUCGUCUCGGGUGCCUGUGAUGCCGUUGCCAAGCGUUGGGAUCUGCGCACCGGCCAGUGCAUCCAGACCUUCACCGGACAUGAGAGCGAUAUCAACUCAGUAGAGCACUUCCCGGACUCUAUGGCGUUUGCCACCGGAUCCGACGACAGUGAUUGUAAAGUGUUUGAUAUCCGUGCGGACUGUGAGAUGAUACAACUGACCGAGGCUAAGCUGGUGUGCGGGAUUACCUCCGUAUCGUUCUCGCGCUCGGGCCGACUGUUAUUCGCGGGUUACGACGAUUUUGAAUGUCACGUGUGGGAUACAUUGAAGGGACAACGGGUAGGAGAAUUGGUAGGUCAUGAAAAUCGAGUGUCAUGUCUUGGUGUGUCACAAGAUGGUAUGGCGCUAUGUACUGGAUCUUGGGAUUCGAUGUUGAAGGUCUGGAAUUAA